UAUAAAUUUAAAUUUGAAUAUUAUUUGCAGGCGAACAAGCAAAUGAACAAAUUGGAAUGAAGAACAAAGUGUCCGGUGAUGAGAUCUCAGAAGUAAUAGCUAAUUUCGGUCCUAGCGGUCGUGCGUGCCCGGACACGCCGCUGACGGGGCGGCGCUACCUGUCGCGCCGCAGCGAGGAGCUGACGCCCGUGUCGGAGGCCAAGAACAGCCUGGCGCGCCUCGCCGCCACGCUGCGACACGCGCGCCCCCAACCCUCGCCCACGCUGCUCAGGCUCUUCACGGAAUGCGGCGUAACUGAUGAAAUGAUAAAUGCAAAACUAAUAAAACCCUGCAAUGGUUGGAUGGAACAAUUUGGGGCCAGCUUGAAGGAAGCACACAAUACCCCGCAUAGUGAGACAAUUUCUAUACGCUGUAAUAUGGUCACAUGUUUAUAUUAUAAGGUGUUUGAACAUAUCAUCAAAGAGGAACAUAGGAAAAAGCCACAGGUUUCAUUGCAGAUGCUUCUUUCACAAGAAACAUACCAGCUAACUGUAUAUGCGUGCUGUACGGAGAUUGUCCUACAUGCCUAUGGAGUGAAUUCAUUCAAGUUUCCCAGAGUGCUGCAGAUAUUCAAGCUGAGCGCAUUUCAUUUCUAUAAGAUUAUUGAACUAGUUGUACAGGCCGUGGUCGAUAAGCUUAGUCGAGACGUCAUCAAACAUUUGAAUGCAGUCGAAGAAGAAGUACUAGAGUCUCUGGUGUGGACUUCUGACAGUCCUCUGUGGGACCAACUCAGUAAAACGCCAGUGCCAGCCUCUGCCGACGUCUCCGUACAAGAUUCACCUUUUCGAAGAACUAAUGGUCUACAAUCACCUGUCUCUACAAUAGACCGCUUCAUGUCACCUAUGGCUGAACAAGCCAAGAAGCAAUUAUUCAAAGACCCUAUUAAACCCGGCCAGUCACUUUUAGUACAAGCAAACACAACACCAGUGAAAGAGCCAGCAGUGUCUGCUAAUACAUCACAACCAUCACAAAGUACUUCAAGUUGUGAGACCACGCCUACAUCGACACCCAAAAAAAACAAUUCAUUAAUAUUGUUUUUUAGGAAGUUUUACAGUUUAGCGGUAGUACGUAUGAACGAUCUGUGCACGAGAUUGCGACUGACUGACGACGAAUUAAAACGCAAAAUUUGGACUUGUCUUGAGUACUCAAUAAUGCAUCAAACACAUCUAAUGAAAGACAGACAUCUAGAUCAGAUACUUAUGUGCUCUGUUUAUGUUAUAUGUAAGGUUUCAAAUAAUCCGUCUAGUAAUCAAGUGGAGAAAACAUUUGCAGAAAUCAUGCGAUGUUACAGACAACGCCCUUUAGCGGAUAAUCAUGUUUAUAGAUCUGUUUUAAUCAAACAAAGCACAGACGAGAGUUCACCAGAAAGAGGAGAUUUGAUUAACUUUUAUAAUAAAGUUUAUGUGCAAUGUAUGCAGAAUUUUGCACUUAGAUUUUCUGGACGACACAGGGAUGAGUGCAGCCUGUCUCCGCUGCCGACGGGGCGGUGCGAGGCGCGCUCCCCGGCCGGCACGCGCGUGUCAGAGCGACAUCAGCUCUACGUCAAGCCGCUCACCGACCCGCCGCCGCAACACCACCACCUCACCUACAGAUUCAGCCGCAGCCCCGCCAAGGACCUACAGGCGAUCAACAGUUUGGUCUGGUGCGACACAGGACUGGGGUCGGGCGUAGGCCUGAAGCGUGCGCUGGAAGGAGCGUUGGACAGCGACCCGAACAAGCGAAACAGAGCCGCACCCGCCGUAGCCAGAAAGCUGCAUCAUCUACUAUCUGACAGGCAGGCUGUCUAGAGGUUUUUCGAGUUCGUCCAAAUACAGCAAAAAUACGAGUCUAUAAUGAAUUUAUGUUUUUAGUCAUUUUCAUUUAGUACCAAAUAUUUGCUUUUAGCUCUCUAGCCAUGACUAUCAAUGGAAAAUCUGUUUUUGGCGAUAUAUCACUUGUAUGUAUUAACAGAAGUCACAAUAAUCAGAUGUUUAAUUAUAAAUCAAUACUGGCUUUAUAUGUAUAACAAUAUAAUACAUUGGCAUUGUACUCGAGAUUCCAGGCUGGCAAAACAUAGCAUUUUGAUCUCAUUUCUUAUUUAUGUUGAAUGUAUAGUAUCGAUAUGCCAUAGUGGAAAAGUUGCUCAUUUCUUACGUAAGAUUUAAGUUGAAUUUCCAUAGGCUGUGUCAGUAUGAAUUGAUGUUUGUGGGCAUGUGAUGAAACUAGUUUUUUUUAAUAUUUAUUUAUAAGUAUGGUUGCCAUUAUAUGUCCUACGUUUGUAGACAUUUUUAUUUUUCAUUAUGACUAACUUUAUUUUACUCACAAAACAUUAAAGCAUACACAUUCUAAGAAAAUAUAAACACUUAUGUCAAAGAAGUUCCUUUACCAUUUUUUAUUAUUGUUUAAAAAGCGAGGUAUAUUUUAUUUUCUUCCAUUAAUAUUACUCUUUAGUUUGUAAGUGAUCAAAGAACUUAUAAAAAUCAAUUCGUUUUAACAACAAAUCAAAAUUUAAUUGUAUAUUUCGGACAUAAACAUUGUAUCAUGUAUUCUGUAGAUUUUACAUAACCUAAGGAAUUAAAAGAUAUGUAAUCUUGAAAUGUUUAUUUUAUUAUGACUACUAGAGACUACUGCUACUACUAAGUUUUGAUAAAAAUAUUUGUCUGUGUUGACCAUUGCAGUUUACAGGGUGACUAAAUCUAAUUCUUUCAAAAUAGGUAAUCAACAUAUUAUUACCAUAAUAAACACUUACACUAGAUACAUAACGUUUCCAGAGGUCUUUUUUGCCACAUACCAUCCGGCUAUGGAAUGAGCUCCCCUCCACGGUGUUUCCCGAACG